AUGUUUGCUUUCUUUCUUUCUUUCUUUCUUUCUUUCUUUCUUUCUUUCUUUCUUUCUUUCAUGUUUGCUUUCUUUCUUUUCAUGCUUCAGAUAACACUUACUUUUAUCUUUGUUUAUUUCCAACUCUUCAUUCUUUUUACACUUGUUUCUUUCUUUCUUUCAUGUUUGCUUUCUUUCUUUCUUUCUUUCUUUCUUUCUUCGGACAACAGUUACUUUUCUGUCUUUGUUUAUUUUUCUAACUCUUCAUUCUUUCUUUUUUUUUCCUCGUCUUUCUUUCUUUCUUUCUUCCUUUCUUUCUUUCUUGCUUUCUUUUACGCUUGCUUUCUUUCUUUCUUCUGUCUUUGUUUAUUUUUCAUACUCUUCAUUCUUUCUUUUUACACUUCUUUCUUUCUUUUUUCUUUCUUUCAUGUUUGCUUGCUGUCUUUCUUUCUUCGGAUGCCACUUUGUUCUCUGUUUUUGUUUAUUCUUCUAUCUCUUCAUUCUUUUUUUCUCGCCUUUCUUUCUUUCUUUCUUUCUUUCUUUCUUUCUUUCAUAGUUUCUUUCUUUCUUUCUUUCUUUCUUUCAUGUUUGCUUCCUUUCUUACUUUCUUUCUUUCUUUCUUUCCUUAUUUCUUUCAUGUUUUCUUUCUUUCUUCGGAUAACACUUAGUUUUCUUUCUUUUUUUUUCUAA